AUGAAAUUGAAGUUCGUAGUUUUGACCACUCUGCUCGCUGUUGCCCAAGCAGGCCUUAUUGGCGCACCCUUAGCGACUCCACUAGCAGCUCCGGUUUUCCAUCAUGCACCCAUAUCUUACGCCGCUCCGGCAUACUCUUACGCCGCUCCAGUAGCUCCUGCUAUUGCUAAAGUAGCUGUUGCUGCUCCCGUCGCCAAGGCUGUUGUUGCUGAAGAAUACGAUCCCAACCCACAGUACUCCUUCGGAUACCAAGUCGAAGAUAGCUUGACUGGAGAUAGCAAGAGUCAAAGUGAGACCAGAAACGGAGAUAUAGUACAAGGAUCCUACUCAUUGACCGACCCUGAUGGCACCCGUCGUACCGUCGACUACACCGCUGAUCCAAUUAAUGGUUUCAACGCCGUCGUCCGCAAAGAACCUCUCGUAGCUAAAGCUGUAGUUGCUCCCGCUGUUGCUAAGGUAGCUGCACCCGUAGCUUAUGCCGCACCCGCUCACGUAGUUCACGCUGCACCCGUUGUACAUGCCGCUCCUGUUGUACAUGCCGCUCCAGUAGUACACGCUGCUCCAGUAGUACAUGCUGCUCCUGUCUUUCACGCUGCUCCAGUCGCCAAGUUUGCUGCUCCCUUAGCCUAUGCCGCUCCUGUUGCCAAACUUGCUGCGCCUGUGGCGUACUCUACCUCCUUGAUUCAUUAA